AUGAACCGUAUGCCAAUUAUCUUGUUGAAGGAGGGGACUGAGGAGAAGCAUGGAAAAGGGCAGGUGGUCAGUAACAUCAAUGCCUGCAUGAACAUCGCUGACGCCGUCCGAACCACACUGGGGCCUCGUGGCAUGGACAAGCUGGUUGUUGAUGGAAAGGGUCAGUAGUUAUGCCUAAUCUUACUUUUUGGCUUUUAGGUAGUACUACUAUUUCCAAUGAUGGUGCCACUGUUCUUAAGUUGUUGGAUAUUGUUUUCCCUGCUGCCACAAUUAUGGCAGACAUUGCGAAAAGUCAGGAUGCCGAAAUAGGAGAUGGAACAACAUCUGUUGUUGUUCUGGCUGCUGAAUUUUUAAAGAGUGCCAAGCAAUUUAUUGAAGAUGGAGUCAAUCCUCAACUGAUUAUCCGAUCAUACACCGCCGCUUCCAAGGAGGUGAACCAAUCAUUGUUUUAUAAAUUUUGGUUUUAGGCCAUCAAGAAGUUGAAGGAAUUGGCCGUUAAAUUGACGGACGAGGAUGAGGUUAACGAGUUGUUGGUCAAGUGUGCUGCUACGACACUCAGCAGCAAGUUAGUAUCCAGUGAUCGUGAACACUUCGCUCGAAUGUGUGUAGAGGCCGUUAACUACUUGGACGCCGAUCUUCCGCUAAACAUGAUUGGAAUCAAGAAAGUCAAUGGAGGAUCUCUUACUGAUUCCAAGUUGAUCAAGGGGGUUGCCUUCAAGAAGGCAUUCAGUUAUGCUGGAUUUGAAAUGCAACCUAAAAGAUACGAUAACUGUAAGAUUGCUUUGUUGAACAUUGAAUUGGAGAUCAAGGCGGAGAGAACAAAUGCUGAAGUCAGGAUCUCGAAUGUCGCCGAUUAUGAAGAGGUAAUAAUUUUAAUAUUGGGUCAUAUUCAAUUUAGGUUGUAAACGCCGAAUGGACCGUUCUUUAUCGACAACUCGAGAAGAUCCACGAGAGUGGAGCUAAGGUUAUUUUGAGCCGGCUUCCCAUUGGGGACGUGGCCACUCAAUGGUUUGCCGACAGGUAACUUUAUGCGUUCUUUUUUGAUGUUAAGUUAAUCAACCGGAAAAUAAAUCCGUUUUAUCUUUAGGGACUUGUUCUGUGCUGGUCGUAUACCUGAGGAAGAUCUCCAAAGAGUUCAAGCUGCCUGCGGGGGAACCGUUCUGACCACUGUCAACCAAAUAAAUGACAAUGUUCUCGGAAGGUGCACGAAAUUCUACGAGAAUGUUGUUGGAUCUGAAAGAUUUAACAUCUUCGAAGGUGGAGUAAAAGCCAAUUCUUGCACCUUGCUUUUGAGAGGUGGGGCUGAACAAUUCAUUGCCGAAACUGAAAGAUCUCUUCAUGAUGCCAUCAUGAUCAUCAGAAGAGCCAAGAAGAACGAUGCGAUUGUUGCAGGAGGCGGAGCUGUUGAGAUGGAAUUGAGCAAACAUCUGAGAGAUGUAUCGAAGACAAUCGCCUCCAAGGAACAAUUCUUCUGGAAGGCUUAUGCGAAGGCAUUCGAAGUAAGUAGUAUUAAUUUGCGAUCAUUGCACUGGUUUAGGUGAUCCCUCAACAACUGUGUUUUAACGCUGGUUUGGAUGGGGUUGAGAUUCUCAAUCAUUUGAGGUCGAGGCAUCAAAAGGGAAACAAGUGGGAUGGAGUUGACAUCCACAAGGAAGCUGUCAGCAACAACUUUGACGGUUGUGUUUGGGAACCCGCUAUUACGAAGGAAGUAUGUUACAUUUAUGCAAUUGUUUUUAUCGUGAAUAAGUUGUCUUACCAAUUUUUAUUUUUCUUAUUUUUUCAGAACGCCAUCAUUGCUGCUACCGAAGCCGCCUGUACAGUGUUAUCCAUCGAUCAGACAAUUAAGAAUCCUCGACACAAGAACGAAAUGCCUGGAGCUCAACAAGUUCUUCAAGGCCAAUAA